UACAAAGUACCCAUUCAUAUGAAAACCAUAAAUUUGUACAGAAGGAAUAAAAACUUUGCCGUUGACGUGGAUUUUAGUUCAGACUGGCGUUUGAUCAACAACACUACAUUCGGUUUUCUGAAGGAUAUCUUUUUAUGAAUUUUAUACUUAUAGGUAUCAUCAUCUUUAACGGUUUUGAAACGCCCCCUGUGUAAGCGUGUGCUCGUACUGAUAGACACGGUAUUUAUCACUGGCAACAAAAACUGAGAGUCUGCAGUGUUUAAGUUAGGGAAUAGGUAGACUUCUCGUAAAUUUGAAACUAGAUGCACGAAAACAAAAAUAUACGUAGUUUGCAUUAGCUCUUGAAAAGUUAUUUAUUAUAUUCAGGAAUUUACACUUGUAUCGUAUCAUUAUAUCAUAAUGUGGAAAUCAUUAUCACAAGUUUUAUUUUGCUGCAUUUUGUCAGUAGUGCUUUAUUCCAACCUCUCAUGUGCACAAACAGCACAACGGACAAUAAAUAGGUUCCAGACUUGCAGAGAUGUCAAUUUUUGUUGCCCUGGACGAAAUAACACGUGCUAUGCUUUCGGACCUCGGAGGGACGGCAACGUAAAUGAAUCAAAAUGUUUUUGCGAUGAUAAUUGUAGAGCUAUGAAUGAUUGCUGUAUAGACCAUGAAAGUUAUUGUGAAUAUCAAAGAGGACAAGACUGUGUGCUGAGUAAAUGGACUGAAUGGUCUAAGUGUGACAGUCAGUGUGGCAAAGGUAUCCAGAAACGUAAACGUCAUGUCAUAGAGUCAGCAGCCCAUGGUGGCAAACCCUGUGGUCAUCAAAGACAGAAGCGUGUCUGUUAUAACGAAAACUGUGAAGAUGUACAAAGUGUAGAAUACUCAGCCAGAGAAUUGAGAGAAGUAGGAAGAAUACUGCCUGCAGAGUUUGGUAUUUUCAGAACAAGUGAAGUCUAUAAUCCACUUAAAGGCAUCAGAAAGAAUUUACCAUUCUUCCAAGAUCUAAAGAAUGAAGUGCCUACUGUCACAGCAUACUGUGGAACCUACAAAAUAACAGAAUCCUCCAGUAAAUGUACCAAUACUACACAAGAAAAUCAUAGCUGGGCUAAUGUGCUGAAAAUUAAUGCUGAAGUUUGUGCCGAAUGUCAGCCUUUUGCCAUGCAUAAACAUUUUGGAAUGAGAUGCAAAGGACAUGGUGUACCCGGAAAGAUUACACGCUGGAGAGCCAUUGAUGUACCUCACUGCAGUGGAAAAUGGGAGCUGAAAACUAUUGAUAGGGGUUGCACCUGUAACGUUCACCAAAACAAAGAUUUCAUCUUCAUCUGAGCUCUUGGUUUUAAGAAACUUGUAUUUGAAUUCAUCUUAAGGAAAAAUAGAUCAGUGUACUUGAGAUGCUUGAAGACUAGUACUUGAAUGUCAAAUUGGUUGAAUGGUUUUAACUGUAAUGAGUUUUGCGCAUCUGAAUUUUUUUAUUUUUUUUUAAAUCAUGUUUUUUUUUGGUUUUUUUUUUGGAGGAUAUUUCAUUACAAUGUAUUUUAUUAAUUUUGUUAUUUGUUUGUAUAUUAAUCAAAAUAAGGAUAAGAUUUAUGAUAAUCCUCUUUUAUUUUUACUCAGACAUUUUAAAGUCAUAUAUAUCAUGUAUUGAGUAUCGUUUGCUACAAAUAUUACAAAUAACCUAUCAGAAUUUAGUGCUACUGUUGUGAUUAGUUUGUGACCAGAAAACAUAAGAUAUAUACCCUUGAAAAAGAGAGGCAGAACAUACUUAAGUAUAUAUAUGCAACUAAUGCAAUUAAGUUUGUUUCUCACUUUGUACACAGAAAACAGAAAUCUAAAUCAUGACAUCAAUUUAGCACCUAAAAACCAACUUUUUCUCUACACAAUAAUGUUGAAAAGAUAGAAACAGAUUUUAUUGUCCUAUAAUGGACUAUUAACUGAUAAUCUUUAUAGUAAGGCAAUUUUGGAUGAGUCUUUAUAUAGAUAUAAAAAGUUAUGAAUGUAUGAAUUUUGAAGACAAUUAUUAAUAUAUGUUUGGAGAACUGCAGUUGUUUACAUUUAAGGUAAAAGUAAUAAAGAUGUUCAAAUUCUCAAACUGCUAGUGACAUAAGCCGUUUUUAGCUCCAACGUUUAAUAAACUUUAAAUCCAAGCAUCCAGCACAAAAAUUCAUGAACCACAUUAUUGUUCGCUGAGAAUGGAAUUUGAACAUAUCUGUAAACACUUUAGAUGAUACAUUUUGCAUUGUGUAAAAUACUUUAUUCUGCUGUAGUAAUGUUUUACAUCUGCUAUGGUAAUGUAAAAGCUUCACCAUGAAGUUUUCAUUGGCCAGUAAUUUUCUCUUUAUAUGUGCAUUUUCCUUGAGAGUAUAUGUUGAAAAUUAUAAUAAUUUCAAUAACUGUCAGUGUGUCUUUUGCAGCAUCAUUGGCUUGUAUAGUCAUAGAUAAGUCAUCUUAAAAUUGUGAAUGUGAAUCUUACUGGUUUUGCUAACUGGUCUAUAUGUCCAAUCAUAUUAAGUUUAAGCAGCAGUAAUUAGGUUACGUCUGUUAUUUAUAAUUUUAUUAAUUAGAAUCACAUUAGAUGUAGGCUUGAGUGAUAUAUAUAGCAAUGUUUAAUGUACCUGUAUGUAACCUAUAUUGCAUGCUCAUAUACCACAUUUAAUGUUAAAUUCUGAGAUAUACUCACAUAACUUCACAACUCAGUGUACAAGUUGUCUGACUCACAUAACUUAACAUCUCAGUAUGCAAGUUGUAUGACUUAUUUGCUUUCACAGCUUAGUGUACAAGUUAUCUGGCUUACAUGUACCUUCCACACACAAUGCACAAGUUUUCUGACAUUGUUUUCACACUUAGCAUACAAGAUAUUUACUAUCAUUGUUUCACACUCAUUGUGCAAGUUGUCUGCUAACAUACUUUCACAAUCAGUGUACAAGUUGUCUGACAAAUAACUUCAUAACUGUAAGUACAAGUAGGUAUGAUUGUUUUAUAUAUCAAUGAUUCCCUGAAGAUUUUUGUGUACAAUUUGCCUCUCAUUUUAUCAAUUUCAGUGAGUCACAAACAUUUAAUGAAGUUUCAUAUCUAAUGAGCAUCUUUAUAUGAUGGUUUUUGGCUUAAACUUUAUAAUAAUGCAGCAAUAUAUGUCUUGUAUUUUCAGUACUAAUUGUACAAUUUAUUGAUACAUUGACAUCUUUUUUUAUACAUAAAAAGGAAAUUUUAGAUCUGAGUUAUAGCCAGAAUUUGUUUAAUCAAAUGCCAGAUCUAUCUCAUAGUUAUGUUAAAUAUGUUAUUUUUGUCUAGUUUACAUACUUCAUCACAAAAUACAGCAAUUUGAUGAUUUCACCAUCUGUUUUGAUGCAAUCAUAGAAAUUGAACAUUUUUAAAAUUAAAAUAUUUUCCUCAUUUUUUACUGUCAACAAAGAACUUGUUCUUUUUACUUCUUUUUUUGUAAAAUGGUGAAGUCAAAAUAUUGAAUGUGACUUUUUUCUUCAAAUUAACCAUUGGUUAACAGGUUUGAAUUUAAGAGUUUAAAAUUUUACCAAUUUAGCCAAUGUAAAAUAUUUAAAAUUUACUAGAUAAUGGCAUUGAUGAAAUUUAUAUUAAAUUUUAAAUGGGUUCCUGAAAUGUCAGUGGCAAGGAAAAUGUAGUUAAAAAAAGAAGUUGAAUUGUUUAUUUGAGAUUUUGUGUAUGUAAUAUACAUGUAUUUGCUAUCAAUGUAUAUAUAUAUGAACAAGGAUUUAAUUUGAAAUAAUUUUUGACCAUUUUGUUGAUGAUGUUUGUAGUAGAUUUUUAUCAAUAGCUUGAAUAUCACUAUGAUACCAUAGUUGUAUAAUGGGUGAUUAUCUGUUUAUGGUCACAUAUAUCUAAAUAAUGAACUCGGCAUGAACGUCAACUACAUUCUUUAGGUAAAAAUAGGAAAUCCAUGGUAGUUUGCUUGAACAUUGUUUGUGCACAUACUUCAAAAAGGGUUUUAAUGUUGAGUUUCUGAUAUGAAGGCGACAUUCUAUAUACCGAUAAAUCAAGAGCUUUCUAUCUAAGCUACCUUUCAGGUUUCCAACAGUUUAGGCAUAUACAAGGGUGGUGAUAAAUUAAUGUAAGAAAAUAUAUAGAGGAUAUGUGUAGUUUAUAGAAAGGGUGAAGACAACAAAUGCUGAUAAAAAAGGAUGACAUGUAAACAUUAUGGGGAAAGGCCAAAAGAUGGUCUUCAAAGUGGAAAUACAGAGAAUAUAGUAUAAACUUUCUAUACAUAGCAUUUUUCAAUUCACUUUCAUUCUCAAUUUUUUGAGAUUUCAAGUCUCUCAAAUCCCACACAAUUUAUCUGAGAGGCACACAUUUUUAUCCCACAUGUUUGGAAAAUCCCCUUAAUGUUGUAUGUUUCCCCUUUGAUCUUCAUUCAUUUUAUCAAACUUCACGAAAAUGGAUUUCCAAAUUUUGACAUGCCUAUGACUUUAUACAGAAAUGCUACAUCAUUAAGAAGUUUUUCAAGGUAACCCCUAAUAUUCUUUCAAAAGUGAACAGAAUCUAUUGUAUUUUAUCUAUUUUAAUAUCAAGAAGAUAUUUAAGGAGUGAUGAUAGACUUUUAUCUUUUAUAUAGUGUAGUCAUGUGCAGUGUAGCAAGUCUUGUACAUCUAUGGUCUAGAAUUAUUCUUUUGUACAGAUAUUUGUAAAUAUUUUCUCUAAAAUUUUUGAUGCCAUUGUUUAUACUAGCAUGUCUAGCAUAUAUACAUAUAGGGGUAGAUGUUAGCCUCUGUCCUGUUAUAUAUUGUGUAAAUAACUCAGCAUUUCAGUUUUAUACACUAAAUGGACUUUUUAACAGUAAUAAAUACAUUUAUUUCA